UUUCGUUGGAGAUUUUCCACACGGAAAAAAAUUAUUCUGCGGAGGGUGGUGAAACUUUAUGGCCAGAUACAUGAGGCCUCCAAACACGUCUUUGUUUGUUAGAAACAUCGCCGAUGAGUCCAGAAAAUGUAAAAGCAUCCAGUUGUGGAACCGGCCACAAAGAGUAACAAAGACCCAUAUAGAGUAGCUGUAAAGACAAGUCACACAGACCUUCAGGAACAGAGGGAGGGAAAAGGUUGAAAGAGAAAGUAAAGCAUGAAGAGGAAAAGGGAACGGAGACAAAGCUUGGAUAUGGCGACAAAGAAUGGGGAAAAGAAAAGAGGUUUAAGAGGAAAAGGCAAGCAGGAAACUCAAGUCUCUCUGGGAGUCGAUUAAAGAGUGUAAAGAUCAAGAUGAAGUUCAAAGUCAAGCAUGGGCAAGGUAACAAGUCUGUAUUAUUUUAUGUGCGUGAUGCAGAAGAUGCUCUUCACAGCCUCGACAGGAAGUGGGUCUGUGGCCGUCAGAUUGAAAUCCAGUUUGCCCAGGGCGACAGAAAGACCCCAAAUCAGAUGAAAGCGAAGGAAAGGCGCUCUCCAGGCCGGUCCUCCCGAUACGAUGACUACGAUCGAGAUGGCCGCCGCAGACGCUCACGCAGCCGAAGCUACGAAAGAUACAGAUCACGAAGCCCAUCCUAUGAACGACGACGCAGACGCUCUGAAAGUCCUCGAGACUCUCGUGGUCGGAUGUAUGCAAGAGGACGAAGCAGGAGUCAUGAGGAUGACAGGUACAGGCAGAGGCCUCGAAGAGAAUCCAGAGGGAGGUCUCGAUCUCAUUCCAGAUCUGCAAGUCCACGAGAGAACAUCAAUCCACCAUCGACCUCCCAUUAUACUGAGGAGGAAGUGCGACGGACACACUCUCCGUCACACUCCAGGUCCCGGUCUGCAUCACGGUCACGCUCACGUUCUCGGUCCAGAUCCUGGGCAGGACGCAAGUCCGGUGGGCGUUAGAAAGUCUGUAGCCGGUGUCAGUCCUUUGUUAAAAGAUUUGUUUGUUUUGACAUGAAUGUAACGUCCACUGAACCAUUUGUAGAACGCUUGUGUUGCGGCUCCAUUUUAAGAACAGUGAUGUUUGGUUUUAUAAAUUUGUUUUGGUUUAUAGAGUUAAGACAGUGAGCGGUUUCUGUGUUCAGUGGUAGCUGGCCAAGAGGAGUCUCUUUUUUUAUAUUUAGUAACAGAAUUUUGAUUUCCUAAAUCCUAUGCACCCAUUUUUGCAAAAAAAGGAGAAAAAAAACAGUAUUUUUCAAAGGAACCCAGUCUGUUGACAAACUAUUCCAGCAUUUCUGUGAGUUUUGUAAAGAAUUACAUCAGAACACUUACUGUUGACUGUUUUCCAAAGCUUCAGAUGGUUCUCCUGUUUUGCAUUUCAAUCAGCCAUUGAGAAGUUUUUUUCAUUAGGACAAUAAAUAAGCUUGCAAAAUCUUAUUUUGAGAUAGAAGUUCAUAAUGGCAAACAUUACUUAGGUGAUCAAGUAUUAUCAUUGAACCUCAAUCCAGAUUUAGCCUGAAUUAAAGGGUGAAGCAGAAAAUGUUCAUGUGUUGGGUUUCAAGCAAGUUGAGGUUUUACUGUUUAAAAAAAAAAAAAAAAAAAGUUUAUGUCUGCCUUGGAAAAUAGUUUGCAGUGAGGUCAAGCACGUGUUUGGGCUGAACUGUGCAGAAAUGCUGCUAUGUUCCUUUAGUGUUAAAUUGUCCACUAGUGACUUAACCACAAACAGUUAAAAAUGUACAUGAAUUUGUUUUCGUUUUAGUGGUGUUUUCUGUAAUGUUAGGCCUUUUUAAAAGGUAUUCUGUUUUGAAGCAUUUCUCUGAAUAACCGUUCCGAGAGGAGGAACUAAAGUUUCUCAUUGGUGUUUACAUGACUGUUUUCAGAAUGAAUCUUGUCACUGCAUGUUUUAUCCUCCUAAUCUUCUAUAUUUAGUAGGAAAAAACUGUUAUUUUGAGUAAUAAAUUGAUCCAGUAUACAGAAGCAGUGAGUGGUAUCCAGUUUUACUUUUCUUAGUAUUAUGUCACAGACGGGUUCUCGGGCACCUGAUAAGUGUUAACAUGUUUGUGGAAUGCCAGAGUCAUUGCACUGAAAAAGGCCGUCCAGUCGAGUGUAUUGAUUUCCUGUUAAUGGAACAUGAAACUGGUGGGGAGAGAGAGUUCAAAUUAGAUUCACAGUGAGGAAGCAGUCAUGUAUGAAAUCGGACAUGUCCCAUUGAUCAGUGUAUUGAAAAAUAUGUUCAUUAAAGAGCAGAAAGGCA